UUGGCCGACGACGUUGUACUGUCUGUUAAAGGUUGGCCGACGACGUUGUACUGUCUAUUAAAGGUUGGCCGACGACGCAUCUUCGAGAAUUUCGACAAUUCCUUUCGAUUUUGUAAUAGAUAAAUGUCAAGAAGUGGUUGCUGCUAGCACCAGAAUCCAGAGUGGUUUAUCGUGUGAAGAUUAUGAAGGGAGGACUCAGUCUACAAACAGCAAAGGAAGGUAGUAAUGGCAAUAGCAGCGGCGACUUCUAACUUACCGCAAACUGCUGCGGGAAUAACGAUUACUCUAGACGAUCGUGUCAUUGCCUCCAAGUAUAAACUGCAUCGGAAAAUUGGUGCCGGGUCUUUUGGAGAUAUUUAUCUGGCUGUCGUUAUUGCUACUGGAGAAGAAGUAGCUGUGAAGCUUGAAUCUACCAAGGCUCGUCAUCCACAACUCCUCUAUGAAAGCCGAAUUUAUAAAAUUUUGCGCGGAGGUUUUGGUUUCCCUCGAUUACGAUGGUAUGGCAGUGAGAAUAAUUACAACCUAUUAGUAAUGGAUUUAUUGGGUCCGUCUCUUGAAGAUCUGUUUAAUUAUUGUAAUCGCCGAUUCACAAUGAAGACUGUUCUGAUGCUCGCUAAUGAAAUGAUAGGACGUAUCCAGUUUGUACACACCAAAAAUUUCAUACAUCGGGACAUAAAGCCCGACAAUUUCUUAAUGGGUAGUGGUCGCUACUAUAACAAAGUAUUUUUGAUUGACUUCGGCUUAGCGAAGAAAUAUCGCGAUUCCCACACUCGUGCACAUAUUCCUUAUUGCGAAAACAAGAAUCUGACGGGGACAGCACGUUAUGCAUCCAUUAAUGCCCAUCUUGGAAUUGAACAGUCACGAAGGGACGAUUUAGAAUCUCUCGGCUAUGUACUUAUGUAUUUCAACAGGGGUUCUUUGCCAUGGCAAGGAUUAAAAGCAGUAACGAAAAAGCAGAAAUACGAGAAAAUAUGUGAAAAGAAAAUGGCUACGUCCAUUGAGCUUCUUUGCAAAAGCUUUCCAACCGAAUUUGCGAUGUAUUUUCAUCAUUGCCAUGGAUUACGCUUUGAUGAAGCUCCGGAUUAUGUGUAUCUUACACGGCUAUUUCGCAAUUUGUUUGACAAACUAAAUUAUCAAUACGAUUUCGCAUAUGAUUGGAAAACAUUCAAGCAGAAGACAGUACAGAAUACGAUUUCUUCGGCUCAUUUUGCAAACGGGUCGCCGAAGAAGAGUAUACAAGCGGGGAAAUAG